AAAGAGUUUCUCUAGAUCACAGCAUCAUGAAAGCUAUCCUCGUUCUUGCUUUAGUGGCUGCUGCUUACGCAGGCCAGGCCGACAGAGAAGCCCCGAUCAUCAGCCAAGAGUCUGACAUCAGCCCAGACGGUUCUUACAGAUCGUCCUACCAGACCGGUAACGGAAUCGCAGCCCAAGAACAAGGUGCCUUGAAGAACGCCGGACGUCCAGAAGAAGCCGAAGAAGUACAAGGUUCUUUCCAAUACACCGCCGAUGAUGGCUCCCAAAUUGCCCUUCAGUACGUCGCCGACGAAAACGGUUUCCAACCACAAGGUGCCCACCUUCCAGUAGCUCCAGCUCCCCCACCAAUCCCAGCUCAAAUUGCCCGUGCUUUGGACUGGAUUGCCGCCCAUCCACCAAAGGAAGAACCGCUCAAGAGAUUCUAAAUUUGAUGUGUUAUUCUUAGUUGUUGUUUAUAUUUUUUACAUUAAAAAAUAGCAUUGUUUAA